AUGGUUGUGAAGGAAUCUGUGAAACUCUCCAGCAAGAGUAUUCGCAAACUUUCCCUUCCAGAUUUCAAGCUACCAAGAACCUCAAACAACAUUUUUAUUCCAGCCAUGGGCAAUAUUACCUAUGAUUUUUCUUUUAAAUCAAGCAUCAUCACACUGAAUACCAAUGGUGGACUUUAUAAUCGGUCAGAUAUUGUUGCUCGUUUCUUUUCCUCCUCUUCUUCAUUCAUUUAUGCACUACAGUACAAAUUAGAGGGCUCCUCAAGUUUGAUGAGGAAAAGAGGGUUGAAGUUAGCCACAGCUUUGUCUCUGAGUAACAAAUUUGUGGAAGGCAGUCAUGACAGUACCAUUAGCUUAACCAAGAAGAACAUGGAAACAUCAGUGACAACAACUGCAAAAGUCCAGAUUCCAAUUUUAGAAAUGAAUUUCAAGCAAGAACUUAAUGGAAAUACCAAGUCAAAGCCUACUGUCUCUUCAGCCAUUGAGUUAAAAUAUGAUUUCAAUUGCCCCAAGCUGUACUCUACUGCUAAAGGGGCGGUUGACCACAAGCUCAGCUUAGAAGGCCUCACCUCCUACUUUUCCAUUGAGUCAUCUACCAAAGGAGAUGUCAAAGGUUCAGUCUUUUCACAGGAAUAUUCAGGGAGUGCUUCCAGUGAGGUCAACACAUAUUUGAAUUCCAAGGGCACUCGGUCCUCAGUGAAGUUGCAAGGGGCGUCCAAAGUUGAUGGUAUCUGGAACUUUGAAGUUAAAGAAAAUUAUGCUGGAGAAGCCAGUCUCCGACGCAUAUAUGCCAUCUGGGAACACAAUACAAAAAACCUUUUACAGCUCAAGAGCAUCUUUUCAACAUCUGGAGAGCAUACAAGCAAAGCUACUCUGGAACUCUCCCCAUGGAAAAUAUCAGCCUUUGUUCAGGUCAAUGCAAGCCAGCCCAAUUCCUUCCUUGAUAUCCCUUACUUUGGCCAGGAAGUAGUCCUGAAUGCUAACACUGGGAACCAGAAGGUCAGCUGGAAAAGUGAGGUCCAGUUUCAUUCCGGGUCUCUCCAGAACAAUGUACAGCUCUCCAGUGAUCAAGAAGAGGCACAUCUUUACAUUGCAGGAUCCGUAGAGGGACACCUGUCAUUCCUCAAAGAAAUCAUCCUACCCGUUUAUGACAAGAGCUUAUGGGACCUCCUAAAGCUGGAUGUAACCACAAGCAUUGGCAGAAGACAGUAUAUUCGUGCUUCAACAGCCCUUGUGUACACCAAAAACCCCAAAGGCUAUUAUUUUUCUGUCCCUGUACAAGAACUGGCCAAUGAGUUCAUUAUCCCUGGAGUGAAACUAAAUGACUUCAGUGAAAUAAAAAUCAGCAAGAAGUUAAGUACUUUACCAUUUGACCUUAACAUGCCAGCACUACCCAAACUAAAAUUCCCCGAAGUUGAUGUGUUAACAAAGUAUUAUGAACCAGAGGAAUCCUCAGUUCCCUUUUUUGAGGUAACCGUGCCUGAAUCUCAGUUAAUUGUGUCACAGUUCACCCUUCCAAAGAGUAUUUCAGUUGGCGGUGCUGUUUUGGAUCUAAAUAAGGCAGCCAACAAGAUUGCAGGCUUCGAUUUGCCAACAAUCACCGUGCCUGAGCAGACUAUUGAGAUUCCUUCCAUUAAGUUAUCUGUACCUGCUGGAAUUUUCAUUCCUUCCUUUGGAUCAGUCACUGCACAUUUUGAAGUGGCCUCUCCCCUAUAUAAUACCACUUGGAGUGCUGGCUUGAAAAACAAAGGAGAGCACCUUGAAACAUUUCUGGAUACCACAUGCAGCUCAACCCUACAGUUCCUGAAAUAUGAUCUAAAUAUUCUGGGAACACACAUGUUUGAAGACGGCACGUUAGUCUCUAAGACCCAAGGGACAUUUUCACACCGCGACUUCAGUGCAGAAUAUAAAGAAGAUGGCAAAUAUCAAGGACUUAUGAAGUGGGAAGGAGACAUUCGCCUUGAUAUCUCCAGCCCAAGGUUCACUGAUGUCCAUCUUCGCUACCAAGUAAUCGAGAAGAACUUCUCCUCCUCAGUAGCCUCCCCAGCCAUAGGUGCUGUGGUUAUAGACUCGGGAGAAGAUAACGAUGCUUUUAAAUGGGACUUCUACUACCACCCACAGUCCUCUCCAGAUAAAAGACUCAACAUAUUCAAAACUAAGUGGAGGUACCAGGAGUCUAAUGAUGAAAUUCAGAUCAAAGUUAACUGGGAAGAAGAGGCAACUUCCCAACUGCUAAGCUCUCUCAAAGACAGUGUGCCCAAAGCCACAAGGGCCCUUUAUGACUAUGUCAACACAUACCACCGGGAGCACACAGGACUAGACUUGAGAGAUGUAUCCUCACGACUAAGAAGAAGCCUGCAGAAUGGUGCUGAGCGGGCCUAUCAAGGGGCUGUGAAGCGAAUUGAUGAGGUGGAAAUGAGGCUCCGGAGAGCAACCAGCAGCACCACUAGAACCUACCAGCAGUGGAAGGACAGGGGCCAGAAUCUGUACCAGGAACUGUUGGAUCAGGAGAGCCAUGCGGAUUUCCAGAGACUCAAGGAUACGGUGUAUGAUGGCUCAGUACAAGUAAUUCAAGAACACCAAAGUACAGUUAAGCAUCUAAUUGACUCACUAAUUGAAUUCUUGAAGGUCACCAGAUUCCAGCUCCCGGGGAAAGCUGGAACAUAUACUGGGGAUGAACUCUACGCUAUGAUCAUAAGGGAAGUAGGAAAGGUACUGUUGCAGGUAAACUCGAAAAUCCAAAGUGGGUUAGAAAUACUGGUUUCCUAUUUCCAAGACCUAGUGGAGAACUAUGAGUUUAUCAAGGACCUGAAGAUUAAAUUUCCUUUUAAUUCAAGAAGCUAUAAGCUAAUUGAUGUGUUCCCAGAGAUUAGAAAACUGUUAAGCUCUUUAUUACAAGAGACCCAAAGAGUAUUUAAUGACCUUCAGUCUAUCAAGAGUACAGAGAUGCUAAAUUACCUCCAGAGAUUUUUACAAAGCAUUUUCCAAGAGAUAGAAAAUGAAAUAAACCACCUAAAGGAGAAGAAAUUUACUUAUCUAAUUAAUGAUAUCCAACAUAAGGUCUACACAAUUUGCAAUAAAUGUAUUUCAUAUGUUUUUAGAUUCCUGAAAGAAAACCUGUAUUUUGAACCUAGUAAGUUUAAUGAGCUUGUUCAAAAUGAAUAUCAGGAAGUUUCUCAAAAGUUACAGAAGCUCCACCAGUAUAUAAAGGCUCUUCGGGAAGAGUAUUUUGAUCCGAGUAUGGUUGGCUGGACAGUGAAAUAUUAUGAACUUGAAGAAAAGAUGAUUAACCUGACCAAGAACCUAGUAGUCAUCCUCACGGACUUGCCUUCCAGAUAUACUGGUAGUGCUGCUGACUUUGCUUCUGAAUUCUCAAGCCGAGUAGAGCAAUUUAUGCUCAGAGAUUUCCAGGAAUAUCUUAAUAUCCUUACUGAUGCAGAUGGAAAAGGGAAGGAGAAGAUUGCAGAGCUUUCUACCACUGCUCAGGGUAUAAUUAAAAGCUGGGCUAUGGCAAUGAAGGAAAUCGUUUCUGAUUACCACCAGCAAUUCAGAUAUAAACUACAGGAUUUUUCAGACCAGUUCUGGGAUUACUAUGAAAAAUUCAUCGCUGAAUCUGGAAGAUUGAUUGACCUGUCCAUUCAAAAAUACCACAUGUUUCUGAGAUAUAUCACUGAGUUACUGAAAAAGCUGCAAUCAGCCACAGCUAGCGACAUAAGCCCCUAUAUCAAGGUUGCCACAGGAGAACUUAUUAUUACCUUCUAA